GGCUGGAGCACUUGGAUGAGCCGAGCUUCGCGAGGCCGACGUUGUCGCUCUCCACCAAAGCCAAAGUGCGGAAACGCGACUUCUCGACGGAUGCCUUAGACGAGGACACCGAGCGGCAGGCCCCCAGUCUCGAAGCUCGGGGUGUCAUCGACAAGGUGGGGAUGGAUGAGCUCCGAGCCAUGAAGUCGUCCAUCAGCGAAGUGCCGCUCUUCAAGGAAUGCAGCCCUAAGUUCGUGGAAGCCAUCGCUGAACAGGUGAGUCACCGACUCUUUACUCCAGGUCAAGAGAUCAUGACUGAGGGUGACAACGGCGAUAGUAUGUAUAUCUUGCACCGUGGGGAGGUGGAGGUGCUCAUCGGCUCCCAGCGCGUUUGCACCUUGAAAGACGGCGCCGUCUUCGGGGAGAUUGCCGCGCUGUGUAAGAACCCCUUGCUGGCGCGACGCACGGCCACGAUCCGCGCCCUGACUCUCUGCGAUUGCCGGGUGACCUACCGAGAGAGUCUACUGAAGGUCAUGACCCGCUUCAAGGCGGACGAGGAGAUCUUGGCCAAACGCCUGGAGGCGCGCCUGGUGGAGCUCCGCAAGAUGGGGAAGCUGCCACACCAGCUGCUCGGCGGCGCUGCGUUUGAUCAAGAAGGAUCCUUCAAUGGUGUGUCAAGUGCUUUCCCAGAGGUGUCCCUUCUGAGGUUGGCAGAUGAUGGGAGCAUCACCCCCGGGUUGCUCAGCCUCAAAUUGCCAGAUCAGAUGAGAGACCUCAUUCAGAGGGAAUUUCUCAAGGAGUUGGAGCAGGAUCUUCCUCGAACCCCCAAAUCCAGAGGUACUUUGCAAGAAGGAGGUUGUGUUCAACGACACAAGCUCAUGGUCGAUGGCGCUCUCGAUUGUGCUGUGCUAUUCCAUGACCAUUUUGGCGAAGAAAGCUGGCGGCAACUAUGCAAAAGGUCUGAGGGCUCAGAGCUUCUCUUCUGUGCCUUUGUCUCUUGGAGCUCCGAUGAUGACAUGGAAAAGGCUGCCACAAAAGAAGUUCUCAAACAAGUGACCGAGUUCGGUCAGAAGGUAUUUGAGGGCACCAAGGUGGUUGUGGUUGCCGUGCCGUCUCUGGCUUUCGAAUCCUUGGCCAACCUCUUCAACUUUGAUGUGAUUGGGACGCAAGACCAAGAGGAAGAGAUCAAGAUGGGAGCUGAUCACACCAACUUCGAAGGGAGGGAUGAGAACAAGGGAGAUCAGGCCAAGGGAGAAGGAGAGAAGCCUGCCGCAAAAGGGAAGGAGAAAUCCAAGGCCAAGCCCAAGCCAGAGGAGCCAGAAGAGCCAGAACCCAGCGCUGAAGACACGGACACGGAUGAGGAGGAGGAAGCUGCCCCUCAGCUGACUGUGAAGGCCAACCAGAACACGAAGAAUGUCAGUGCGGUUGUUGCUGUCAAGUGCUGGAAUCACAAAGUCAUUGCAAAGAAUCCUGUGCUGAAUGACGUGGCACAUGCUCAGAUGUCUGCGCUCAUUGGCAUUGACUUUGUGUGCCUGGCAGUCAAGCCGGAGGGCCAACUAGGGCUAUCUCUGCACGCUGGCACCUGCGUUGCUGGCGGGAUGCCCUUUGCAAGUGGGCGGACCUGGCAGGACUGCAGCCAGAGAAAGAACGGCCAGGACGUGGUGGUACAGGGCGCGGCGGCAGCAUUGGCAGCAGCCACUGCUUAUGCCGCUUCCAAAGCAGCCUAUUUGAACACUGCCCACCUUUGCAGCCAGCAAGGCGUGCAAUUUGUUCCCUUGGUGGCGGAGUCCACUGGUGCGUGGGAGCGGGCCGCCAGCCAACUCCUGCUACAGAUCGCUUGCAGUGCCGCUGCUCGGACUGGGGAUGACUCGGCCACUUUGCACAGCGACCUGCUGCAGGAGUUGUCUGUGAUCAUUCGCAGCCAUCGGGCCCGCGCAGUCCUUCGUCGACGCGCUGAGCUUGUUGGCUGA